GCGCGGGCGCGCGCCUCGGGGACCGUAGCUGUCAGUCAUCCGUCCGGCUGACAUCACAGCAGCAUCACCACAGCAGCAUCACCACAGCAGCAUCACCACAGCAUCUACAAUGUCAAACACCGGGAAGCAGCGCGCGCUCACGGCAUCCUCUAAACACCAGCCUCCCGUCACCUUUCACGGCUUUAUUCUGUGUUCUCGGACAGGAUGCCUUUGAGUCAGAGGUCAUGCUGAGGAGGGAACCUGACUUUCACAGCCUCUUUACCUCCGGAGAGACGUCAGACAACGGCGGUGAGAUGCGGGAUGCGAGUUGUGAGGAGGUAGAUAUAGUGUGUCUGUGCGCGGCCGGUCCCUGUGCACUUUACUCAGAAGCGCGCACGCCUACGCCGGACCAGUCACUGUGUGAGCAGUGUGGGAAAAACCGAGCAAUGAUCAGCAGGUACUCCGAGGGAUAUGGCACAGAGGAAGAGUGCAUAUUAUCUGACCCUCAGGGAGAGAGCGACGCAGACGCAGAUAUAGAGGACACAGACUGCAGACUCCAAGAGCCUGGUUCUCUCCAGAGAAUCAGCUCGCGGAGACGCAAACGUCCUCAGGUGGCGCGCCAAGACACAACAGAGAGUGAAGACGACGGCGGACGAAGCCACAGAUCCCAUCGCUGGAACCUCCGGAUCAGUCCUGACCGGGCGCACAGCAGGACCAUCCUGGAGGAGAGCGUGUCACAGGUCAGGCCACUGGUCAUCUCUCAGUCGAACGUCAAGAAGCAGAAGAGUCCAGCCGAACUGCCCGGAGGUUCCAGCCUGACGUCACUGUGGCCGUCCCUCUCUCGCCCCGUCGUCCUUUUACUCUUGCUGCCCGUCUCUCUCUCCCUCAUCAUUGUCAUCGUGUCUUUCCUCCUGCCGUGGACCAGCGCAUGACAGAAUAUUUCUGUCUCCCACAGAUGAGAAAAGCAUCACCUCAAAGAGCGUAGUGGAUGGCGUAGUUAUGGAUUUUUAUAUUUGUAGGUCGGCUCAGUCUUCUAUCAUGAAUGCGGGCAGUUAUCUUCAGGAAUGACAUCACACUGCUUCCAUACCUCGCUGUUCUUUCACAUCUCCAUCCAGGAUCUGCUCGCCGUGACAACGCAAGUGAUUGCUCAUGUCUUAUGAAAUCUCACCUCAUGUGUCACUUUUCUCACCCCCUCAUUUGUAAAAAUAGGCCUCUCAUCUCGCUCCCGGUUCUAAUGAGCCACAGCGACCGCGUGUUUGUGUGUGUGUGUGUGUGUGUGUGUGUGUGUGUGUGUGUGUGUGUGUGUGUGUGUGAGGGGGAGAUUUCAGCGCUGCACAGGUAUUUCCAAGUAAGGGAAAAUUACAGGCUGAAUAAGAAAACUAUAUUGGUCUUAUAAAGAAACAGACGAGGACAGAUGAUGCUGCACUAUGCAAUCCCUCUGUUUCCACCGUGGCAUCACGACUCCUCUCCAAGUCCGUCUCUCGUGUCCUUCUUGGCUCCUUCCCUUUAUCCUCAGAGGAAUAUACGUUGUUAAUGCAGGGACUUGUGGCUCUGAAACGGGGUGGGACCUAUGGAGCCAAAUCAAGGCCAAAGGUUUUGCUAAUUUGAAAAUAAAAUUUGAACCUGAAAAUUCUUUUUUACAGUUUCAAUUUUA